AUGGAAAUUAACGAUACUGAAUCUUCAUCAGUUACAAUAUUGUUUACUUCUGUACCACCAAUGGCUUGUUUUUGGAUUAUGUUCAUAUUUUUAAUACCAUCUAUAGUUUGUUCUGUUUUUCUUCUGUACAAUUUGCUCUUUGAUCAAAACCUACGCAAUGCAUUGAAUAAUCAUGUUGUUAUCGUUCUUCUUAUCGUUGGACUAUCGUCUUUAUUUCUUGACAUUCCAAACUAUCUUAUAUUUAUUUGGCUAGGAUAUGUUUGGCCUCAAUUAGCAAGCACAUGUUAUUUAUGGUGUUUUGUGAAUUUAGCUUGUUUCACUUUAUUUGGUUUUCUCAUGGUUUGGGCUACAAUCGAACGACAUAUUCUUGUAUUUCAUACUAAUUGGAUAAAUACUCAAACAAAACGUUUUCUUAUUCAUUAUUUACCAAUAACAAUAAUCAUUCUAUAUUGUUUUAGUUUUUAUACUAUUGUCAUUUUUUUUCCAUCAUGUGAAAAUGAAUUUGAUUAUACACAAAACUGGUGUGAUUACCCAUGUUAUUCUGAUGAUAACAAUCUUCUAGCAUAUGAAAAUAUUGUCCAUUUUCUUUUACCAAUACCUCUGAUUGUUAUCAUCAAUAUUUUGUUAAUUAUUCGUGUUGUCAAACAAAAACAACGUCUUCAUCAACAUGUGCAAUGGAACAAAUAUUACAAAAUGAUUUUACAAAUAAUAUCAUGUUCAGUCGUUUAUCUUUUAUUCGAUCUUCCUAUGUUGUCAAUUCUUGUAGCUCAUAAUUGCGGUUUACCAUAUGAAGCAAUUGGUCAAGUUGAACUCUUUUUUUAUUUUCUAGCUUAUUUCAUCAAUAUUUUUAUGCCUUUUGUAUUUUUUGGAUCGUUGCCGGAAAUCUGGAUAAAAAUACGACGAAGAAUACAACGUUUAACUAAUAGAGUUACUCCGGAAAAUAUAACAUUGCAUCCAUUUACAAUAAAGCAACUUAUAUUUGCACGAUGA